GCACAUUAUACUGCGACUCCAGGAAGUUACUCCAUUCGAGACUUGUUGUUAUUAUCCUGAGCUAGCUAGCUGUCAACCAGAAACUAGACACCUGUUUUAAACCCUAAACGUCAACAUGUCUUCAGACUUUGAAGCUUACGAGCAGGACUUUGGGACCAUUACGGCAGAAGUUACUAACAAAAUUGGCAGAAUUCCCAAACUAAGUGGAGAGGAGAAGACACAGCUGGUUCUAAAUGUCGACAAACAGCUUGAAGAAGUCAGAGAGUUGCUGGAGCAGAUGGACCUGGAGGUGCGGGAGAUCCCCAUCCAGAGCCGAGCCAUGUACAACAGCAGACUGAAGAGCUACAAGCAGGAGAUAGAGAAGCUCGAGAAAGACUUUAAAAGGUCACGUAUUGCCUACAGUGAUGAGGUGCGCAACGAGCUCCUGGGGGAUGAAGCCAGCUCCUCGGAGAACCAGUUGAUAAAGUUACGUGAAGAGAGAGCGCAUCUGUUGGACAACACAGAGAAGCUGGAAAGGUCAUCACGGAGACUGGAGGCCGGCUACCAGAUAGCAGUAGAAACUGAACAAGUGGGUCAGGAGAUUCUUUCCAACCUGCACGGCGACCGUGAGAAGAUCCAGAGAGCCAGAGAAAGGCUGAGAGAAACGGACGCCAACCUGGGCAAGAGUUCUCGCAUCCUCACCGGCAUGCUGAGAAGGUAAGAGGCAGGAUCAUCCAGAAUCGCGUCCUGGUCUUCGUCCUCGGAGCCAUCAUCCUUCUCACCAUCAUCCUGGCCAUCUAUUUCAAUCUGCGAGGCCACUGAUCUCCCCCUCUCUGCACACACAUAUACACUCGCUCCUCCCCUGACACAAAUACAAACACACACACGCGUGAUUAAUAGCGACAAAAGCGUUGUUCUGCCGUAAUUAGGACAAAUGGUCCCCAUGAAUCACUGUUUCCAACGCCUGACAGGGAGCUUUUUUUUUUUUUAUUUCCAUCUCUUUCUCCUUUUCCUGUUUGCUCUUUCUUUCUGUCCCUCUCUACCUUUAUUUUCCACUUUCUUCUUCUUUCUUUUCUCCUCUCAGUUUUGUUCUCUCUCUGUCAGGCUCUCUCCUGGGACAAGAAUCGGGGAUGUUUUUAUGAUAGUUAAUAUUUUUCAUGGUGUCGUCCUCAGUCUGCAGCCCAUCUCGUGUCCCCAGGUGAACACGGCCUGGGGAUUUUUUCUUUUUUUUUUGUUUGUAACUCAAAGCAGAGUCAGAUAUGUAGAUUAUUUUUGGGUCAAGUGUUAUUCGGGGAUGUGUGUGCAUGCAGGAGAGACGGAGGGAAAGACACACAUUCGCAUGUGCAUGAGUGACAGUCAUGGAUUGGGGGGCGCCCCGUACUGUGUUUGUUAUUAACACCAACACAUGCUGUCGUAAUGUAUGAGCUCUUCUGUAACUAAAUGAUUCAGCUGUUUCUCCACGUAGCCCCUACAGUACAAAAGCACAGAGGUGAGUGCCUUUUAGAUAAGAUAUGCUGUUCAACACUCCUUCUUUAAAAAGCUCAGCAGAGCCCAAAAUAGACGAGUGGCGCAGCUUUGAAAAAAAAAGAGGAUGCACAUAAAAAAGGUUGAGGUCAGUUCAACUUCAGUUCAGUCAAUCAACGUGUUUGUUUUCAAUUACUGCGCUCCAGGAAGGAUAUAUGAACAUUUCAAAAAAAGAUUUUAUGAUUAAAUAAAAUAUUUUAACAUGUUUUUAAUUCAAAAGGGAACUGACCUCAACCUUGGCUCAUACAAUACAUAAAUGUAACGCAGAGAAAGGUUUCUUCUAACUAGCAUUAAUAUCCACAUUUGGUACAAUUCCCCAAACGCAUAUUUUCAUUCCUGCUCUGUCAUUGUGAAAAAUUGUAGGCAUCAUACUGUAUGUGCUAACAUUUAAAUCUACAUCAUGUAUAGUGUUUUGCUCUCAAUGCAAGUUGUAACUAUUUAUUUAUAAAUGCAAAUUAACGUUUCCGUGUUAGAACUGUAUAUUUUCUGAAGUAUUCAGAAUUAACAUUAAGCACAUGUUUUCUGUGAUUAGACUGUAAAAUGCAGACUGCACAACCAGGACCAACUGAAAUGUGUGGAUUUCAAGUUUUCUGUCUUAAAGGGUUGUUUUUUCUCAUCUUCUUCUUCUUCUUUCUGUUCUUUAUAAAUGGAUCAAACUUGUUUUUAGAACCGGCACUUUUUUUUGUUCUAUAUUUUUUCUUGUCAAGAUUGUGAUGCAGUCCUUGUUUCUGUGUUUAUCUGUACUGCUGACUUCUGAUGUGAUACAUUUGCAGGUGUUUGAAAAAAAAAAAAAAAAAAAAAACGUGUGCACGAGUUUACUGCUGUUUAAUUCUUCAGGGGAAAGCCAUUCUUCAGGGGGUCUUGGAGAAAUCUAAAUUUAAGAGCAUAUUUGGAGAAUUUUCAGAAGUUGAGACACAUGAAGGUAACGCUGUACACACCACACACACACAUAUACACACACGCAGAAGUAUUGGAGUGUGUGUGUGUGUCUCCUGUGGUCGUUGUGGUGAUUCCCGGCGAGGACAUUUGCUAUUCUGUUUCAGGGCCACGGUCUUCAUUUUCCAAGACGCGGGGGUGUCGGGGUGCCCCCCCAACACACCCGCACCAACCGCCAUUUCACAGGCCCUCACUAGCCGCGGCGCCGCCGUCUGCUUCAAAGCCUCAAAUUAAUGGCCAACAAAAUAGUGUGCCUCUGACCGUCCCACGCGGGGCCGACCCACCAAGACUUAUCAUUAAAGUGGAGGAGUAAUGAAAAAAGGAAGGAAGCAAAGAGGAGAGAGAGAAGGAAGGAAGUGAACAAGGAAGCAUGGAGGUAGGGGGUGAAAUCCCUGGCAGUUUGACAAACCUCAUCUGGUAAUGACCCUCAGUGAUUGUUUUUUCACCCAGUGUGUGUGUGUGCUACCUACGUGCCGAUAUGCUCCUCUCUUCUCCUCCUCCUCUCUUUCUAUCUUUCUCUUCCCUCCUGCUCCCCCCUUUUCUCUCUACCUCUCCUGCCACCUUUUCUCCUCCUCCCUGUCCUCCCCUCCCUCCCUCCCUCCCAGCCUGUCAGAUGAGCGGAGCAGUAGCUAGCGAGUGAGCGGUGGAAGGCAGCGUGGCGGCGGCUUCUAUUUGAAGUUGUAAUGGUGUCAAAAAGUCAGGGCUGACUGACAGACGUCAGUCCCACAGGGCCUCAUUAAAAACAGACCCACUUGACAAGGAAAUAAUUGAGCGCCGGCGACAACUCGGGGGCCCCUCCGCGUUUUUAGAUGUUUUUAUUUUCUUUUCAUUAUUAGCGCCGAGCUAUUAUGUUCAUUAAGAAAUGGCAUUAAAACAAGUUUUUAAAAAGCGGGGGGGAAAUGGAGGGAGGGGCAGAGGGAAGGCAGGAUGCAUGGAGGUGGGAAGAUAACGAUUUGUUUAGAGCCCCCGUCCUGUUUUAUUAUUUAAACAGGAGCACUGUCAUGUGAUACCUUGGCAGACGUCGGCUAUCAUCUGCCACUCCUCCCUUUUUUCCCCUCUUUUUCUCCUUUUUACUCAUCCCUCGCUUUCCCCCAGCUUUUAUCUUUCCCCUCCUCUCUUUCUCCACCUGCCCAUCUCUCUUCAUCCCUUUCUUUCUCUCCCUCUGAGCGGCGGGUGUCGUUGGAAUAUGAACUAGAUUAUUCAUCAGUGCCCCCCCACAAGCCCCGCUACCACUCCCCCCCCCAUCCGCUGAUUUGGUUUUCGACAAGCGUCUCGCCGCAGAAGGCUGAGGAUGAAAACUUGUCAAAAAUAGGUUAUAUCUUAUUCCAAGGGGCAACAAUAGCAGCAGGUACAGACACCUUUUAAUAUUUAAUUUAGACGGGUGUUAACCCUCCUUAAGUGACUGGAGCUGUGUCUUCCAUACAGACACCAGGAGAGGAACAGGGGGUGGGGGGAGCGAGCAAGAGGGGAGAGCAAUUAAUUAUUUGAUGUCUGAAAAGUGAUUUUGAAGCUCUCCCUGACUUCUUCCUGUUUCCCAGAUAGAGGUUCCAGUCUUUGGGUGUCCCUGUUCAUUCUCUACACCAACCACGUCCUCAGCAUGGCUGUCCUGUGAGAGUUGAAACAUUACCACUCGAAUCACAUUCAGAUCCUCGCUCUCCGCUGUGCCUCUCUUGAUACGGUAAGCGAUCAUAUAGGAAUGGUCUCUUAUUUCAUCAGCGGAAAUUAUUUUCUGGAGGAAUUAUCUUUUUACACCUCCGUGUUGCGUCAGUCUGCCUCGCUAACAUCCCUCGCGCCCCGGCUCGGCAGUCGUUCCUGUUCUCCCCGGUCCUUUCUAGUACAUAAAAGUUCCUUUUUAAAAAA